AUCCUGGUGUGGAAGGAGCUGGAUUAUGGCACCAUGGCAGAGGGUGAGAAGCAGAUGCUGGUGUCAGAGGUGAACCUGCUGAGGGAGCUCAAACACCCAAAUAUAGUGAGGUACUACGACCGCAUCAUAGACCGGACAAACACCACUCUGUACAUUGUCAUGGAGUACUGCGAAGGCGGCGACCUGUCCAGUCUCAUCAGCCGCUGCAUCAAGGAGAGGCGCUAUUUGGAGGAGCAGUUCAUCCUGCGAGUCAUGGCCCAGCUCACGUUGGCCCUGAAGGAGUGUCACAGGCGGAGUGACGGCAGGGCCACAGUCCUUCAUCGGGACCUGAAACCAGCCAACAUCUUCCUCGACAUCAAGCAGAAUGUCAAACUGGGCGACUUUGGCCUGGCGAGGAUCCUGAACCAUGACACCAGCUUUGCAAAGACGUUUGUCGGGACGCCGUACUACAUGUCUCCAGAACAAAUAAACCGGAUGUCAUACAACGAGAAGUCCGAUAUUUGGUCUCUGGGAUGUCUGCUCUACGAACUCUGUGCCUUAUCGCCUCCUUUUACUGCUUACAACCAAAAAGAGCUGGCAGAAAAGAUCAGAGAGGGCAAAUUCAGAAGGAUCCCGUACCGGUACUCUGAGGAGCUGAACACUCUGCUCGGCAAAAUGCUCAACUUAAAGGACUAUUUGAGACCUUCUGUAGAAUCUAUUCUCCAGAGCAGCCUGCUGAGCGAGGCGGUUGCUGAGGAGCAGAGGAAGGUACAGUCGCGACUCCAAAGGAGAUCAGCUGAUUCUGAUGUUCCUCUCCACAAACCGGCAGAGACGGCGCACGCCUCGGCCACGGAGAUCAGACUGAAGGAGCAGGCGCUGCGGGACCGAGAACAAGCACUGAAAGAACGUGAGGAGCAGCUGGAGAGAAGAGAGCAGGAGCUGUGUGUUCGUGAACGACUUGCAAAUGAGAAGCUCGUGCGAGUGGAGAGUUUGCUGAAGAAUUACAGCCACCUACAGCACCACAGGGACACGACACCGAUCUAUGACAAAGACAUAGAUGCGGAGAACCUCUCUCCGGGUAAGAAGAAGGUCCACUUUGCUGGCGAGAGCAAAGAGAACCAGCGGCCCGAUGCUCUGCAGAGAGCGCCGUCCCAGGAGCUGGUGCUGCUGAGGAGGCUGCAGGCAGCGGCCCAGCGGAGCCAAGCUCUGAGUGAAAUGGAGAAGAUGUGCCAGCUCAAGAGCAGGCAAAUCCUCGGCCUGCGCUGAUCGCACAGGUGUGACCGUGAAAGCUUCUGAAGGCCUGGAGUCAUAACAACUGGAUGAAAAUGUUCAUGUGUAGCUGUGUGUGUGUGUGUGUGUGUGUGUGUUACUGUCUUAUUUUUAUGUAGCCUGAUGAGUGAGUGUGUUAUCUCGGGCAGCUAAUGCGAUUAUCAAUGUACUGUGUAUAGUUUUUUGCUGUAUUUAUGGCUGUAGACCUUCUUUAGAGACAUCUCUAGAAGAAGGGAGACUAUGUGGAAUGACAUGAUCCUGUGAUGUCAAUAAACAAAGUGAUUAUAUUCAUUAAUACAUUAAAUUAGGCAUGAUGCGAUGAUAAAUACUUGUUCUAUACCAUUUGGGUUUGUUUUUUAUUUUUAAUUUUUAUUUUAUAUAGCAGUUGAAAUGAUGUAAUAAUUUUAGUAUCUGCCAAACAGAUAUGCUGUAUUAUAGAAGGAAAGAGGAUGUGGUCUGAGAGGUGUUCUGGUGUCAGUGGAGCUGAAUCCUUCAGUUAGAGAAGAUGUUCUGCUGCCUGUACAGUAAGUGGUGUAGAGGGUCUAGAUCACAGGUGUUGAACUCUAGGCCUUGAGGGCCAGUGUCCUGUAGGUGUUAGAUAUGUCCUUAAUCCAACACAGCUGAUUUAAGUGGCCAAAUUACUUCCUUAACAUGUCUCGAAGUUCCCCAGAGGCCUGGUAAUGAAUUAAUCAUUUGAUUCAGGUGUGAUGACCCAGGGUGAGAAACCUGCAGGACACCAGCUCUUGAGGCCUGGAGUUCCCCACCCCUGCUCUAAAAUGUGUAUACUUGAUAUAUCAACAAGCAAACAUGACUGAUAAAUGAGGAAUUCUUACUCCACUCAGUUUGUGGGGAAAUGUGUGCUUCUCUUGUUUGUUGCCUAGAGACAUUACAGCUGUCUAUGUUACUUUAACAGGGAUAAAUCUGUUUGCCCGGCCACAAAAAAAGAAUCUGCCCUGGGGUCUAUCACAGGGCUGUUAUGCAAUAUGCUAUAUUUCAUAUGUAUACAGACUGUAGUGGGUCUAAGUUGGGCCAAAACUAGUUUCUCCUGUGGUUUUUCACACUAGUGUAGCAAUAGAUGUAUAUGAAAAAGAGAUAAGUUACAGGCUGGGCUGAUCAUUUUCAUAGUAAUGGAAUUGUUUUUAUAUAAUACUAGCUCCCACAAGGGGUCAUCACUUUUCCAUGAAAAGAUAUUAAAAUGCAAUUUGCAAUCAAGCCUUUGCUUUGAGUAAGUAGCAGAAUAGAUGUAACUUAUUGUUACAUCUGUCUUUAUUUCCAUUGAAGCUGGUAGCUUACUGGCUUGAUUACUGAGUUUUUUUGUGUUUGCUUGUUUGGUUGGUUUUUUCUUGGAGGGGGGGGCAACUUGUAUUUAACUU